AUGUCCACCGCCCACAUCCCGCAGACGCUCCUCCACCCCGACACCGUGAACCUCGGCCGCCUCACCACCAACGCCAACCGGGCGCACUUGCACUCCCACGGCCCUCUCCCGCCGCGCCCACGCACCCCCGAGCGCCACACCGCUUACCACGCCUCCCUCACCGAGACCUGCCGCUUCACCAAAGGCUCCAACACCUCCCUCGCCCUGCACAACCUCCUCCGCCUCGCUGCCAGCACCGACAGCACCACCACCGCCACCCUGACCGCCCCACACGCCACCACCCAUGACCUCUCAAACUCCGACUCCUGGUUCCGCGAAGCCUGCCGCAACCCCGCCACCCGCCUGUGGCUACAAGAAACCAUCGAUCACGGCCGCGACGUCUACCUCAUUGUCGGUUACCGCACGGCCUCCCACGCCUCCCUCACCUCCAACGGUAGCAUCAAGCGCGCUUCUAAGUUCGCCGGCGGUGUGCGUGCGUUGCUGCCCCCAGGGCUACUUGGCGCGGCGGUGCCGGUACCCGAGUAUGCUGCCAGCCGAGAUGCGGGGAGUGGGCGGCAGCUGGCGUUUGCAGUGCUAUAUCGCAAGGUGAAGUUCAAGUGGCUGUCGUGCCGGAAGGUGCAGAAUAUGGACCUGGAGCAGGGGAAUCGGUGGAAGACGGUGUGGGACUGGAGGGGCGCGCGGAAGUUUGAGUGUGAUGAGGAUGAUGUAUUGGAGGCCGAAUUGACGGAUUUUAGUGAUUUUGAGGAUGAUGGAGAGGGGGCGGUGGAUGAUGAGAGGCGGGAGGGACAGGUGAAGGGGUCGACGGCUUAUGUGUCUAUAAACACGGCAGAAGAGGGCCAUUCUCAACUUGAUCAGUCGUCAGGGCAAACCUCUACCUGGAUUCGAUGGCCCACAACCACUGAGGCCGUCCGAGGAAUAGUCUUCACACUCAUCUAUCUGCUUGCUCGAUGGCUGGUUACAUACCACUGGCCGUUUGAAAGAGCGCGGACCGAGAAGAGCCUGACUUAA